AUAAUAAAAAUUUGAGUGUUUUGACUUUAGAUCUUCUAUCUAAUCUAGAUCUAAAUCUAGAAUCUAUUUUAUCUAAUGCUUGAUAGAUCUAUCUAUCUAUAGAUCUAGACUAUAUAAAUCUAUAAAGAUAGUCUAUUAUUGUACAUACUCAAGAAAAAGUUAGAGCAAUGGUUACAGUCGAAGCUAUAGCUGCCAUGAAGGCAAUGGCACUGGAUCCUAAAAAGAGGUUUGCAUUGGCUAAAGAUUCAACAUGUAUAGGUGGACUUGUGAUAGUGUUGUCAAAUACUAAUCAAGAAAUAGUCAAGGAAGCUUUACAGACAUUGCUGCUGCUAAGUGAAUGUCUAGAAGCUCGUUUACUACUCAGGAAUCAGGUGGGCAUGAUGGACCAGUUAGAGUCUAUCAUGUACAGUUCGAAAAAAGAAGAAACAUUAUCAGGUCUAGCAGGAUCACUUUAUACAAAGCUGCGUGAAACUUCUGAUGUAUCUUCCAACUCUUUGAAAGAUAUCAGCAAUGUCUCCAGAAAUAAUUCAAGUGUGAAAAAUCAGAGUAUUCACAGUCAUUCUAAAGACAGCGUUAAGGCUAAAUCAAUUAUUCUGCAAGUGAAAGGUUUUCAUGAUAAGGGUGACAGAGAUCUGUGUGCUAGAUUGUUGCUGAAAGUGAAAGGUGUGAUCAGCAUAACAUUUGACCUGAGUAAAAAGAGAUGUAUAUUGCGCACAAAACCUGAUGUCAAGCCAGAGACCUUAACAUCAGCGCUUGCCAAGUCUAUGACUAUGACUGCACAACAAGUGAUACGUAAUGACAAAGGAGAAGAGACAUUCAUAAGUUUCAAUACUAGUCAGCAAUAUGUCUUACCAGACAAAGAAAAUGAAGAACUUCCUGAUUACUUGUCUGAUGACUCUGAUACCACCAUCAUUGAUGACAAGGCAGUGAAACGACCCACAGAAGAGGACAAGAAAAAAUCUGCGGGUUGGUUUUCUAUGGCAACCAAUUUUUUAACAAAUUCCUUUUACUGGUGAACUGAAUCAAAAGGGAAAAAAAACAUUGCUAUGUCAUUGUGAAUUUCAUGAUAACACACUCAUAGAAAUGUAUAGUUCAUUAAAGAAUGACUGUAAAGACUGCUGUUAAUAAAACUAAGUUUAUGCUGUGUGUGAAUAUCUAGGGAAACGAGACUAUAUAAAUGAAAUAUUUCUAUUUAGUGCCUUAUUUAUAUAUACCUAGAAGUAUAAUUCCUCUUUCAUUAUUAAAGCUUGAAUCAUCUUGUAUGAUAUUUCCUCUGACAUUGUUUUAAACUCUUUAAAAUACACUAUACAGAUUUUUUUUAAAGUAUAUAUUGAAAGACAAAUGAUACCAUAUGACAAAAAACAUUAAGUAUUGUUAAGUACUUAAAUAUUUUUUUUUACCUUGUUAAUGGUUUUUAAAUGCUUGUUACUUUAAGUCUUUUUGCAUUUAAAUUUGAUAUGUUACUUUAAAAGCUGUGAAAAUAUUUUAGAAUACAAACCUUGGCAUUAGAUGUGGAUAAUAAAAAAUUUCAUUUUUUUU